GAACAAGUGAUGGUUUGAUGGAAGGUGUGACAGUUUGGGAGGAGCUGGACAUCAGGAGUGAACUAUUUAACGCUGAGGACAGAGUGAAGGAGACACAGUAAACAUGGCUCUCCAACAGUCUGUCUGUGUCUUAUCCGUGACAAUCCUUCUCCUGUGCACAGCCGGCGGACAGAUUACCACCAACACCAGGAUCUUGGGCGGCUUUCCUGGAGAGGCACCCUGGCACGCUUCUUUGGUCUCUGGAGGAAAACACAGAUGUGGGGGGACAGUGAUUAGCCACCAGUGGGUGAUGACCGCUGCGCACUGCAUUACAGGGUCAGGAAGUGGUGUAACGGUUUACCUGGGGCGCUAUAACCAGUCAGGUUCAAACCCCAAUGAAGUGUCACGGACAAUCGCUCAGGCCAAGUGUCAUCCGGCAUACAACACACUGACCAACGAGAACGACAUAUGUCUCCUGAAGCUGUCGUCACCUGUGAACUUUACCUACUACAUACAACCUGUUUCUUUGGCCGAUGCAAACAGCACCUUCCACUCUGGGCGUGUGAGCGCUGUCGCCGGUUUUGGCAACACUAGCCUUCUUGGGCCGAGCGCCUCCGACACCCUGCAGAUUGCUAAUCAACAAAUAGUGGGAAACAAAGAGUGUCAGUGCAACACCACACUUCGCAUCACAGACAAGAUGAUCUGCGCUGGGGUCCGAGCGGGCAGAAUUGAACCAUGUCAGGGAGACUCAGGGGGUGGACUGGUGAUAUUUGCUCCCUCUGGCCUAAGCGUGGUUGGAAUCGUGAGUUUUGGUGACGGCUGCGCUAAGUCCAACGUCUUGGGAGUCUACACCCGUGUGUCCCAGUACAUGGAAUGGAUCAGCAACAUCACCGGCAGUGAUGAACCAGGCUUCGUUAAUGUUCCCUCUACCGGAGUCGACAAAGACGCAAACUUUACCUGUUCAACCACAGCACCACCGACCGCUUCCGCUUCCUCUACCCGCCCUCACACCCGCCCCUCAACCAAAAUCCAUUCCACAACCGGCGAUAAGAGCAUUUUUGGCGGUGGUGAAAAUCUGAUCCACUCCACUCACUUCACCUCACUCUGGGUUCUUGCUCUAUCAGUCUAUGGACUGAUCGGUCAUGCAUAAAAUGGAAAUGUGACACUAUGACACGUGUUGCUAAUCUAUUGGCUGCGAAAUUGAAUGCAUAACUACACUGUGUGAUGUCAUUUUGUGACUUCAUGAUGACGUCAUUCCUAACAUAUGAUGAUGAUGAAAUUAUACAAGCUUUGGGUUAGAGUCCUGCAGACAAAUUUUAAACAAAUGUUUUUUCCAGCUCCUCUUCUUUGUGAUUGUCACUGAUCAUAUGGAAAAUCAACUUCUGAUCAUUAUAAGCUUUGGAUUGUCUCUAUAUAACUUGUAGAGAUAUUUUCGAAAAGGGAUUUUUAUUUUUUCAGACAAUAUAUUUGUUCAUCUUUAUCUGAUCAAAUCUAAGAGUCAAUCAAGAAAUAUUGUGUUUGUUAAAAAUCUGUCCGUGUGUUGAGUAAUUUAUCCUGAUGCUGAUUCGGAGGGUAAAUAAACUGAAACUUUUCUCAUGGAACGUGAAGUCAUGUUAAUCACAAACUGUUUGAAUUGGAAUAAAAUGGAAGUUGAUUGGU